GCCGAUCGGUGGCGCUCGUGUGCCUCGACGCUCCAGCAGCGGGAGAGAGAAGAAGCACCCGGAAGCAGCAGUGAAAGCGGAAGUGCAGAGAUGGAGGCGGCCGUGUUCAUCUUCUCGCUCGUCGACUGCUGUGCUUUAAUCUUCCUGUCGGUGUAUUUCAUCAUCACUCUGUCUGAUCUGGAGUGUGACUACAUCAAUGCUCGAUCCUGCUGCUCCAAACUCAACAAAUGGGUCGGUCCUGAGAUGAUCGCUCAGGCUCUGGCCACGCUCCUCAUGCUGGGCUCCAUGCACUGGUUUGUGUUCCUGCUCAACCUCCCCGUGGCGUCCUGGGAUGUUUACAGAUACGUGAAGGUUCCCCUGGGGAACAUGGGAGUGUACGAUCCCACAGAGAUUCACAACAGAGGCCAGCUCAAGUCCCACAUGAAGGAAGCCAUGAUCAAACUGGGCUUCCACCUCCUCUGCUUCUUCAUCUACCUGUACAGCAUGAUCCUGGCUCUCAUCAACGACUGACCCACAACACAAACUGCCAAAUCAUGAACUGGCCUUUACAUUUUGUGAAUAAACUCCAAGCAUCCCAAUCAGAAGAUCAGCUCCAGCUUUCCUCAACACGUUCUCA